AAUCUAACAUGUUAACAAUGACAUUUGUUCAACAAUGCAGUGCUAUUUGAGUUGCAUGAACUUCUUUGAAAUUGGAACACUUCCUCCCUGCAUUCAAAUUUCAAUUUCAUAAACGCCGGACAUUCCAUUGAUUGUGCAAUUUGGACAAUUUUUUUUUUUUAAAUCAAUAUUGGUUUUCUAUGUGUCAAUAACCCUAGUGUCAUCGCUUGUGACUUACUCGUUGAGGCUCUGUUCAAUAUUGAAAUAUUAAAUGAAAUAUAUGGAAAUAGAUUGACUUGUGGGCAAUUGUCAGUUGUUUACGAUAGAUUUUUCUAAAACACGGAACUAAUCGUAAGUUUAAAAAAAAUGUCAAAACACAUAUUGGUUUGCACAUUGAAAUAGAUGAUGUUGGUUUUGUUGAUUUGAAUAUUCAAUUUUCAAAAUGAUAAUUUCUUCCAGCAAUAUAGUCUCAAAUAUUCAAAUAUUCAGAGAAAUGAAUAGCAAUAUUGCUAGAGCAUUUUUUGCUACUAGUUACGUGCGGCAGUGCUAAAUGUUGAGCGUAUUUGAUAGCAAAAUACCGGUUUUAAAUACCUUAAGGUUUGGCGAAACGAUGUAUUUUUUUUUUACGAAUGCAAAGAUGAGAUACAAACUUAUUCUCCCAAAAAAUCGAUAUAAGUUGCCUCUGGAAGAAAGAAGAAUCGAAUUUUAUUGAUUAAAUGUGUCGCCUUUCGCAUCCUUUCUUCUUUAAUUCCAUUUGUUUGGCGUAUUUAAGUUUAAAUCUGAAAAAUCAUUCUAGUUGAUCGAUUGCACUUAAUUAUUAUACUAGUUUUACAAGACAAGUAAAACAAAGUAGUAAAUUAUGAUGCAUUGAUUACAAUAAGACCGACCAUUAUUUUUUUUUAUUGCUGACCAAUUAGCGACGGCUGCACUAGAAAUUGUCUACUACGCGCAAUAUAACCAUUUCACAUGUUCCAUUCUUCUCCUAACUGGUUAGAAUAUAAUAUUUUUUUACGACAAUUAAAAUAUCGACGGAAAUUGAUGUUAUAUGCGAUUUGUAUAAUUUGAACCUGUUUGUUGAGAGAGUGUAUUGUUUUUGCAUUGAUAAUAAUGAUACGUGGUAGAAUGCGGGAACAAUUUUUUUUAUAUUCUCACUUACUUUUCAUACAGUUCCUGAAAUGGUAUGGAUAUGUAGAACCUGAAAGGAAUUUAUUGGUAUUACUAAUUACAUCAAUUUUGCUUUGUUCAACAAUUUAUCGAUCCUUGAAUUAUAAUCAUAGUCGCUUUCAAAGACUUCGUCGAAGCACCGAAAAAUUCCCAUUAGAAUAAAUAAUCUGGCUUUGAACAAGCGGAGAAAGUAUCUUAGUUAACGACCAAAAACUUCAAAUUCACAUAAAAACAUCUGCAUCAUUUGAUUAGCAUUUCUCGUGCCCAUUUUUCCUUUAUAUAAAUGUAAAUGCUCAUCAUUUCACGAGCGCAAAGUGAUGGAGAUGUUUUUGUUUGCCUGCGUGCACGUUUCUUCUAUCUGUAUAGUCUAUUAGGGAGCGGGGGAGAGGAAGCAGAGAAAAGGGAAGAGAGAAAUGACGCAAGAAGAACCCAUUCCUUAUUAUAACAAUGAAAUUUGGAAAUUCGUUUGCAUUCUUCCAUAAAUUAGAUAAUACAGAGAGACGUUCCCCCAAAAUAUUUUUUCCGAAUUUUGAAUGCAAAUUACGAAAAAGUGUUUCAUGUUUAAUUAAAUGAUGGUAUGAAACAAGGCUAAGCUAUAACCAACUGUAAUUUGAUUAUAGAAGUAUUUUUCUUGAUGAUGCCUAUAUUAUUUAUGAAGAAUGCUUCACGAAAUCACAAUAAAUCACAUAGAUAUUUGGUUCAAGAAUGAAAUAAUACUGAAAAAUGCACUACAAUACACACACGAUGAUGUCAAGUGAAUUCUGAAUAAACGGAAAGUUUUGAGUUGCUCAAGAUGUAGCUACAAUGGAAACUACUGACAGUUCUAUAUACAUUCGAUUAAAACCAACAUCAUCGCAAGUCCAACGAUUUCGAAUGUCAGACUCUGACCGAGAUCGACCAUUAAUUGAAGCGUUAGUUGCAGAUGAAAAGCUGGAGCAUCCCCGUCGUCGCUUUGCAUGCACCGGCCGUUUUCUCACAAUGCACAAGAGACGGCGCAAGAAGCUAACGACGCGCUCUCUAAUGCAAGACACAGCCAUCUUGGACGACAUACAUCACGGUCAAGUACAGUGUAUACUUAAUCAAGUGAGCAACUGGAAAUUCAAUGCUUUCACUUUGGAAACAGUUACUGGAGGUCGUUCACUGCCAGUUUUAUGUGUUCAUUUGUUUCAUUGGUAUGGCCUUUUGGACCACUUCAAGUUAGACGUAGUUAGAUUAUGGAAAUUAUUUACAUUGAUUGAAGAAGGCUACCACAGCACGAAUCCGUAUCACAAUUCAAUACACGCAACAGACGUUACGCAAGCUAUGCAUUGUUUUCUUCAAGAGACCAAAAUCAUGGAGCACCUCGAACCAGUCGAAAUUAUGGCGUCGCUAAUUGGAGCCGUGACGCACGAUUUGGAUCAUCCAGGUGUGAAUCAACCAUUUUUGAUCGCUACGUCAAAUCAUUUGGCUGCACUGUAUGAGAACACAUCGGUUUUGGAGAAUCAUCACUGGCGCUCGGCCGUAGGCUGUUUGCUGGAAAGCGGUGUCGCUGAGCAGAUUCACAGUAUUCGGCCGCAGUUGGAAAAACAAAUAAGCUCUCUGAUUUUAGCAACUGAUAUUACCAGACAACAAGAAUUUCUCACGAAAUUCCGGGACUAUCUCACCAAAGAAACGUUAGAUAUGCGAAAACAGGACGAUAGGCACUUUAUUUUACAAAUCGCGCUUAAAUGUGCCGACAUUUCGAACCCGUGUCGACCAUGGGAUAUAAGCAAAAAAUGGAGUCAAAAGGUGUGCGAAGAGUUCUUCCGUCAGGGCGACUAUGAACGUCAGUUGAAUUUACCAGUAACUUCGCUGUGCGAUCGUUACUCAACGUCGGUUCCGAAGAUACAAGUGGGAUUUUUUAAAUUUGUUGUGACACCACUGUUUGACGAGUGGCAUAGGUUUCUAGGUUCGAAACUAUCCACGAAGAUGAUGUACUUUCUGAAAUACAAUCAAGUACAGUGGGAGAAACGGGUUGCGGCUGAACUGGCCGAGGAGACUCGAACCGAAAUGUCUGACGCCGAGGUGUUGGAAGAAGAUGAAUCUGUACAUGACGCACACGCUGACGGGGUAAACGAAGAAGAUAUAGCGGUUGACUUAUCCGACAGCUCAGAGGUUCUACUGCCCGACAAAGUUAGAAUGCCACGUAGGAGCUCUCUACAAGUACCUAACGCACCAUCCAAGUAUGACCGACGGCUAUCAAUGCCAUUGAACCCACCCAAAAUUAUUUUGCCCACCAAGGAUUUAUUGUCCCGUGACGCCAUACGUGAAGAGCUUGAAGCGAAAUUGGACGCUGACUCUUUUUCACUGCUGUCGUCGGACAGUGAUAGUGCACCUCGCAAUAAAUCAUCCGAUAAUAGUGUACCUGAUCGCGAGCGCCCGCUGAGUGCUGAAACACUCGUUCCGGACUUGAGCAUUGCGACAAUGAGCAACAGCGCCUGUGCCGAUCACCUGAAUCGCGUGAUGCACGGUGUAGGCUGUGUAUCGAGCACUACUGUCACCGGAGCAGCUAAUACAUCGAAGCAUUUGGUGCGGCAGCAAACAUUUCCGCCACUGCAGCCGUACGGCUAUCAAAGAGCUCGCUACAUGUCAGCAACUGGUGAUAUCAGCACAUAUCCAGAGACGUUAGUCGAAAGCCGUUCAUCAUCGUCCGAAUCACAGACUGAAGAUAAUCGUGGUGUUUUAGGCAUAAGUAAAAAAGACAGUUUCAAACGUGAGAAGGAACAAAAUAUAGCGGACAAGGGAUGUAAAAUGGCCAAACUAUCCAUUGUACCCGGCCAAAAAGAGAAUUUGGAUCCGAGCUUUUCAAAAAAGAAUUUAAAUCGUCGUCGUGGAUCCGCUCCAGUCGCCGUUGCACUUCCUCCGAAAACCGUACAAGAUGAUGCAACAUCUCUCGUUUUCAAAACAUGUGACAAAUUUAUGCGCCGCGGGUCGAUGCCCUCUGAUAGUCUCAAAAAUACGUCAUUCGUUGAACAGAAUCUUCCACAAGCGUCUUCUCUGGCGGCAAAUCAACGGCGUAGUUCAGUUCCAGGUGACAAUCUCGUCGUGGCUUCAAAUCGGAAUAGCUGCCAUAAUGGUAAAUCGAAGAAUCGGAAAAAAUCAUUGCGACGACGGUCAUCUGGAGGGGCUGAGAUCUUGUGUUCCAUUGUGUCAGAAACGGAGCCAAGUAGUUCCAGUUCACCCUGGUAUCGUUUCAAACGAAGUGAAACAACGAAAAAUCGUUCUGAUUUAGACUUACUACUUUCGCGUAGGAGAGGCUCGCUUCCUGUUGAGGUACUUACAACAUGUAACUCAGGGACGAUGCGCCACUAGGUUGUAUUAAGCGGAAAUGGCAAAGAGUAUUACCAUUUGAGUUAGCAGAUACAUUCAAAACAGUUCAUGAAUCUUCAGAAUAUACACGAAAUACAUCGCAUUUAAACCUGUUCAAAAUGUAAAAUUUAAUCUGCAAACAAAACACAAGCAUACACACACACAAAGAGGUAAAACACAUUUUAGUUAAGAUGGUUCAUGGGCAGGACCCGUAUACUUGAAUCAAAAAAAAUGCACACAAAUUAUAUAUUUUAAAUAAGUGAAAUUGAAAAUGAUGCAAAAAUAUACCAAAAACUUUUUGAUUAUAAAAUAAUUAUUUGUAUGAUGGUUUGCAUACAAGUCGCAAAUUUAAAGGAGAAGGAAUUGCAGUGUUUGAUUCAAAUGCAAAAGUUUUAA